ACCCAAACUGAUUUCUUAAUACCUACAUCCUCUUCCGACUAGAUCACGCCCGCACUUCCGAAUAUAUGGAUUCGCUAGUCGCCCAAUACACUCGUCCAGCGCACGCUGAUGAGGGACAGUCGCCAGAGGAGCAGCUGGAGCUCUCUCUCGGAAACCCAGAGCUGUCCCUCAAGUUUGCUUUGCCUCCAGUCGCCCAGGCUUCAUCAUGGCUACGCGCUAUGACAGACGAUUACUCGAAUCCAAACUGCCCCAUAAAGAUCGCUCAUGGCACGACAACCCUCGCAUUCCGAUUCAAAGGCGGAAUUAUCGUGGCUACGGACUCUAGGGCUACGGCAGGAAACUGGAUAGCAAGUCAAACAGUAAAAAAGGUCAUAGAGAUUAACAGUUGUCUAUUGGGCACCAUGGCCGGAGGCGCUGCAGACUGUCAAUACUGGUUAGCCUAUUUGGGUAUGCAAUGUCGCCUCCACGAGCUUCGGCAUAAGCGUCGCAUUUCUGUUGCCGCUGCUUCCAAAAUCCUCGCGAACCUAGUGUACUCUUAUAAGGGCAUGGGUCUGAGCAUGGGUACAAUGUGCGCGGGUGUAACCCCUCAAGAGGGACCAGCCCUUUACUACAUCGAUAGCGAUGGUACGCGUUUAGCAGGCAACCUUUUCUGCGUCGGUUCGGGUCAGACUUUCGCAUAUGGUGUGCUUGAUGCACAAUACAAAUAUGAUCUGUCAGAUGAGGACGCGUUGGAGCUCGGACGACGUAGCAUCCUUGCGGCCACUCACCGUGACGCCUACUCUGGUGGCUUCAUCAAUCUGUACCAUGUGAAGGAGGAUGGCUGGGUCAAGCAUGGUUUCAAUGACACCAACCCCAUCUUCUGGAAGACGAAGUUGGAGAAGGGAGAGUUCUCUAACGUCACAGCGGAUCUCGAGUGAAGGUCUACUGGACAGAACCAGGCAUUGUCGAACUGUCUCCGAAUGACAGGGCGUGGCAGAACGACCCUGAGCAUGAGUGCUGCUUACAGGUCCCUUCACAAGAGGUAGCGGAUCGAAAUUAUGUAUAAUAAAUGCAGUGCAAACACACCACUAGACAAUGAACGAGUUAUGAUGGCUUCACACCAUGAAAGAUGCGAAGGAGCUGUUUGUAUAUGCUCGAGGGUAUUUAUAAACUCAUUAACCGCAUGCAAAUACUCAACCCAGGGUCUUGUU